UAUUUUCUAUUUUGACCAUGGAGGGAAGUCUGACGUCUCUCGUCAGGGAAGUAGACAAAAUUUCAAUUGUCUUACCUAAAAGAUACCCUAAAAGCUGGGUGGAUGUUCGAAAUGAGGGACAUCGAAAAUAUGUCUACGGCGGAGAGCUACUCCAUUUGGCACUGGUUGUAUCACUUUCAAAGAAAAACGGUCAACCUGAGGCAGUAGAAGAAGCAGUUGAUACUUGGGAGGCCCUGUCCUUUGCGUCGAGCGCUGGUUACACUACACCCGGGGACUCCCCGUGCGCCAGCAGACCCGCUUCGCUGAGUUUCUCACAACAACGUUCACAGAGCGUAGAUUACCCUGAUCAGUCGGGAGGUGCAGAAACCGCAGAACAAGAGCGAGAUAGGGGAAAGGCAAACAGUUCUCGCGGAUCAGGGCGACGUUUUUCUGAAAGUAGUGCCUUUCAUACAGAUAAAAUAAGAUGUCUUUCUUUUAUGUCUGUUCCUGUCAGAGAAUGGAAAUACGAGAAAGCUGCCAAGUCCAAGAUGAUUUCGAGAAAAGUUGAGGUUGUUCCUUGUUUAAAGGAGCGGACACUAGUUCUUCCUAUGAGUGUAUCUCUUGGCUCCUUGCCUGAGGGGACUGGGCCUUCGGACACUCACAUAGCAACGGUCAAUGUGGACAUAUCAGAAGCCAGAGCAAGCUGUGGUAAGAGGGAGGAUGAUAGAAUAGACAUGCUGCUACAAUGUCCAAUGGAGGAGGUCAUUCAUGCUGAAGAGGAACAAAAUGUCAUUCACAAUGUAUCUGCAGAUUUUACAGUGCUUCCACCACCUCAGGUUAAUUGUCAACAUUUCAGUGUCUCUGGAAAACAUUACUUAGUAACUAAAGUGUGCAAUAGUUAUCCAGAGGAAUUGGUCAUUCAAAAUAUUCAAGUCUAUGUAAAUAAGAAUAUAAACAUGGAAUCUGCAAGUGCUUCAACAGCCUUAACAAGUGAUGCAGGAGACUGGUCAUCAUUUCUCUGGAUAGAGCUUCUACCCAGUCAAAGAGAUCAAUCAUCUACCAGUCUGCAUCCUAAAGAGGAACAUACUUUUGUCUUCCAAGUUACUUGGGACUGCUCUCUACCUUCAAAUAGACCCAAUGAGCCUGUAGAUUUUCCCCUGUUCUUGGUGAUUGAGUGGAACACCCCUUCUAUCGCAAUGAAACAAUCCAUUCAGUCUCAUUAUCAUCUACCAACUGUCACCAUGGACUUUCCAGCAUUCAUAGUUCUUUCCCAGUGUCAGUCACCUGUCACCACAGGGAAAAGUUUUACAGUGACCUACACAUUACUGAACAAUCUCCGAGAUUUCCUUGGAAUAACUCUCAUUUGGAUACCAGACAGGGAACCAAGAGGUGACAGCGAGAGUAGAAUAGCAGAUAGAAUAGUUUGCCAAGAACCAACUAAGCAGCUAGGACCUUCAAAGAAAGGAUCAACCAUUAAAGUGCCUAUCACCUUUCAAGCUUUGAAAGCUGGUGUUCAAGAACUUGGAAAGUUCAUGAAGCUACGUCUCCAGUAUGCCUCCAAGCCCGUAGCAACCAGACCUCCAGUAAUUUCCAGAGCAACCCAGUCUCCUAAACCUCUUCUCAAGUCAACUUACUCCUCAUCAUCAUCAUCCUCCACCUCUUCCUCAUUUUCGUCAUCAUCAUCAUCUGCCUCUUCCAUUACCUCUAAAACAUCCUCUCCUGCCAUCCUCACUGCAUCCACAUCGUCUCCAUCAUUACCGAUCUCCGAGCCACCAUUGUCAUCUCAUGAGGAGUCUGAGAUGCUAGUUUCCAAGGAAAGAGAUUCAAGCCCUAUCUUGCCUCGUCGGAUGUUCAGCAUGGGACCAAACAGCGCCCUAGUUAAGAAAGGUGGUUUUACCAGGCAGAUGUCACUUGCGACACCAAGCUCUCAUCCUAUCAAGAAGUUUUUAGCUGGGAUCAGAUCACACUCGUUUAGCGGUGAGUCAGGAGGUGAUCACCAGGACAAUCAUGAUGACAACAUCCCAAGAGAUAGAAGCUCUGGUAGUGAUCCUGGAAUCAGGCCUUUACAGAAGAAAGUUCAACUGGAAACAAGCUCAGAAGACACAGGCCUCAGCGUUGAGAGGAUUGUCAAACACAGGUCUCAAGUUUACAUCACACCCUGAUACUCCUUCUUGAUUCCUUUAGUAUUAAAAAGACUUUGCAUCCACUUGGUCUGUAAGCGGAUGUCUAAUUCUCGGAUCGUCUCAAUUUGUUGUAAUUGCUGUUAGGUCUUAAGUACAAUAUGUCUAAUACCAACUUUAUCAAAUUUUAUUGAGUCUAAUUCGUCCAUAUUGUGUAAGACUCUGAGAAUUAGUCCUUAUGGUAUAGACUAUCUGAGAAUUAGUCAAUGUGGUAUAAGGCUAUCUGAGAAUUAGUCAAUGUUGUAUAAGACUCUGAGAAUUAGCGCAUGUAGUAUAAGACUAUCUGAGGAUUAGUCAAUGUGGUAUAAGACUAUCUGAGGAUUAGCGCAUGUAGUAUAGGACUAUCUGAGGAUUAGUCAAUGUGGUAUAAGACUAUCUGAGGAUUAGUCAGUGUGGUAUAAGACUAUCCGAGGAUUAGCGCAUGUAGUAUAAGACUAUCUGAGGAUUAGUCAAUGUGGUAUAACACUAUCCGAGGAUUAGCGCAUGUAGUAUAGGACUAUCUGAGGAUUAGUCAAUGUGAUAUAAGACUAUCUGAGGAUUAGUCAGUGUGGUAUAAGACUAUCUGAGGAUUAGCGCAUGUAGUAUAAGACUAUCUGAGGAUUAGUCAAUGUGGUAUAACACUAUCCGAGGAUUAGCGCAUGUAGUAUAGGACUAUCUGAGGUUUAGUCAAUGUGGUAUAAGACUAUCUGAGGUUUAGUCAAUGUGGUAUAAGACUAUCCGAGGAUUAGCGCAUGUAGUAUAAGACUAUCUGAGGAUUAGUCAUUGUGAUAUAAGACUAUCUGAGGAUUAGUCAAUGUGGUAUAAGACUAUCCAAGGAUUAGCGCAUGUAGUAUAAGACUAUCUGAGGGUUAGUCCAUGUGGUACUGUACAUAGACUACAUGUAUCUGAUAAGUAGGAUAACUGCUUGUAAACUAAGUGAAUAUAAACAAUUUUGAAAUUUUAGUUGAGCUUAACCCUAAAUAGAAUGGGCUAUUUCGAUGCCUAAGAAG